UAUAUAAUAUUAUAAUAUAUCAACUCAUUAAUUAAUUUUAAAUAAUUGUCAAAUAUUAAAGUUAAACGUCAGAGUAAAUAUGUUAACAAAGUUAUGUAUCAGUAGACUAAACAGUCCGAAAAGUAUAAAUAGAUUAUUAUUAGAAAAAAAUUAUGCAAGUAUCGGGACUUGUCCGGUACAAAAUGAUGAAGUAUCAUGGGAAGAAGCAAAACCGUAUCAUGAAAUUCCUGGUCCUAAAUCUUAUCCCAUUUUUGGGAAUUUAUUAAAAUUUUUACCUUACAUAGGUGAAUACGGAAAUUUGCCGCUGUACGAACAAAUGAAAUUACUGAACAAACAGUACGGGAAGAUUGUAAAACUAGAAGGAGUGUUCGGGAGGAGACCCUCGGUAUUUCUGUACGACCCAGAACAAUGUGAAAAAAUGUACCGUGUAGAGGGAGCCUGGCCGCUGAGAAUAGCGAUUGAAACAAUGUGUACAUACCGAGAGAGAAACUCAAAAGUUUACAAAGGAAAAUUGGGACUUGUCGGCAGCCAAGGUAAAGCCUGGCACGAGUUUAGGAAAAACGUGAAUCAACAUAUGAUGCAGCCGAGAAGCAUCAAGCCCCACGUGGCACAAGUCGACCAAGUUGCCAACGACUUUAUCACGAGAAUACGAAAACUUCGAGAUGUAAAAAGUUUUAAACUACCGGCAACAUUCAACAACGAAAUGAAUAAGUGGGCUCUCGAGUCUAUAUGUAUGAUUGCGAUGGAUCAUCGUUUAGGAAGUUUCGAGGACGGGUUAACAGCCGACUCAGAGCCACAGAGAAUGAUUGAUGCAGUUCACAACAUGUUUGAGCUCUUUUACCAGCUUGAAAUUUUGCCCUCGUUGUGGAAAAUUUAUGACACGCCGAAACUCAAGAAGUUGUUUCAAACACUAGAUGUUAUUACCAGUAUUGCUUCGAAGCAUAUAGACGAUGCUAAACUAAAGUUUGCCAAGUACCCAAAGAGCAAUACAAACGAACGAAGCGUCCUGGAAAGUUUAUUGAGUAUCGACGAACAAACUGCUUAUAUUAUGGCACUCGAUAUGUUAACUGCUGGAAUUGACACGACUGGAAAUGCUACGGGUUUAUUAUUGUAUCAUAUCUCGAUAAACCCUCGAGUACAGGAAAAGCUAAGAGAGGAAACAUUAAAUUUACUGCCCGAUAAAACAUCCCCUGUAACAUUUGAUGUUCUUAAUAACAUUCCCUACCUCAAGGCGUGUAUCAAAGAGUCGCUUCGAUUAGCACCGAUCGCUAUUGGCAAUUUACGAACAAUGCGUACCGAUGUUGUUCUGGCUGGAUACAAAAUUCCUAAACAAACUGAUGUUGUAGCGUGUCACAGUGUACUUUCAAUGGAUCCUGAGCAUUUUCCUCGGCCAGAAGAGUUUUUACCAGAAAGAUGGCUGAGAAAUAGCAAUAAUACAGAUGUAAAAGCCAGUAAAAAGGCGCAUCCGUUUGCUUACAUGCCAUUUGGGUUUGGCCCGCGUACGUGUAUUGGAAGACGAUUCGGUGAAUUAGAAAUGGAAACCCUAACGCUUAAGAUGUUGCAGAACUUUAAAAUUGAAUGGCCUUCUAACGAGCCUUUAAAAAUAAAAAGCCGGUUUAUAAAUACAAUGGAUUCGCCUUUGCAAUUAAAAUUAAUUGAUAUUUAAGAGGAUGAUAAGUUAAAAAAGUUUAACUCCCGUAGUAUAAAUAAUUUACAAGAUAAGAUAAGUCUAAAUAAAUUGUAUAUUUUUAUGAAAAUAAUUUAUCUGAUAAAAUAUUGAAUUGUGCAAUGUACAAAGUUCAACAACUA